CCCGCCACCAGAUCCGAGUCGUCGGUCCUCGCCGGACUGUCUGUCUUGCCCUCGUCCCCAUCUCGACUUUAUGCUCGCCAAAGCCGCGCGCAAUGCGCUCCGCAAGCAUGCAAGACUCCCCUCCCGACUCCGGCUUGACGCAAAGAGGGAGGCACCUCAUCUGUUCUGCCGAGCCGCCACCGCCACAGCUACGGUCCCACUACCAGCUUCACGCGACGACUCAGACAUCAUAGUCUUAUUCGACCAGCCCAACGUUGCGCAGUGGGCUGCCUCUUCAUCCUCGACUGGACUCUUUGGGCACCCGGUGCUGACCAGCCCUUCGGCCUUCAAUGCUCUGCCGACUCUACUCUCCGGCGCGCGCAUAGCACGCGAGUCCCGGGAGGAGCUCUUCAAGGUCGUUAAGAACCUUGACAGGCUCAGUGAUCUCCUAUGUGGUGUCAUCGACCUCGCAGAGCUCAUUCGCAACGCUCAUCCCGACAAAGCUUGGGUACGAAGUGCCGAUGAAGUUUACGAACAGUUAUGCGAGUUCAUGAACGUAUUGAAUACUCACGUCGGGUUAUACGAGGUCUUGCAUAUGCAACGCGACCGGUUUGUCUCCCUGUCUACAGAGAUCCUCCUACUAGGGCGGCAGUUCCUCAACGAAACGGCGACCGCCAGAGCUCCGGCCGUGAUCAAGCCCGAAGAGCUCCAGGGUCUGAAGGAUAUGGGCAUGGGCGCGCGAUUACGAUUGCAAGCACAGAUGAUCAUGCGCGCAGCACCGGCAGAGGAGCCUCGGCGGAAGGUGUACAUGGCGGCCAACGCCAGUUCACCGGAGCAAGUAGAGGUUCUGGAGAAGCUGCUGCGAGCGCGCGGGGAGCUGGCCCGACUAGUGGGGAAGAGCAGUUUCGCGCAUAUGACAUUAGGCGAUAAGAUGGCGAAGUCACCGGAGAACGUCCAACGAUUCCUAGAUGCGCUCUUAGACCACACCCGACCAUACGCUAGAAGCGCACUACGCACGCUCAGUGUGCGGAAGCAAGCGCACCUUCAUACACCACCAUACCCUACCAUCCAGCUGGGACAGGAUUACUACUGUCCCCCAGAACCUCCCGCACCCCCUGUCGCGCUACCUCCACUUACUCUCGGCACUGUCUUCAUGGGGAUAUCUCUGCGAUUAGCGGAUGUCACUCCUGGAGAAGUGGUAGACGAGGACUCUGGCGUGCUCGGGAAGCCCAGCGGCGCCGCACAUUAUACUGUGCGAUGUUCGCGCCGCGUGGACGAUGACGACUAUGACAAAGCCGCCAUGCAGACGUCUCGCGUCUUCGAGGCCGCUCACAGGCGGCAGUUCUCCGGACAGGAGGGCACGUUUCAGCUGCCGGUGGUCGUGCUGCUCUGCGAGUUCGCGAGACCAACCGUCGGACGCGGGCCCACCGUGCUAGAGUGGCACGAAGUCAUGACACUCUUCCACGAAAUGGGUCACGCGAUGCAUUCUAUGAUCGGCCGAACCGAGUACCAGAACGUAUCCGGCACCCGCUGCGCUACCGACUUCGUCGAGCUCCCGUCCAUCCUCAUGGAGCAUUUCCUCAACUCCCCUGCCGUCCUCUCCCUUUUCGACCCCAACGGCUCGCUCUACAUCCGCCAAACCGGGAACCACCACGAGGACCCUUGCCGCUCCAUCGAUACCCACACGCAGAUCCUUCUCGCCUCGCUAGACCAGAUCUACCACUCACCUGCGGUGCUGGAUAGCCAGUUCAACUCGACGACUGCCUUGGCAAAGUUAUACGAGAUGCGUGGGCUCAUCCCCUACGUCCCUGGUACAUCAUGGCAGACCCAAUUUGGUCACUUGUUCGGGUAUGGCGCCACGUACUAUUCCUAUCUCUUCGACCGCGCCAUAGCUUCUAGAGUAUGGCGGAAGCUCUUUUCUCUGGAUCCCCUAAAUAGGGAGACUGGAGAACGGUUCAAACGUGAGGUCUUGCGACAUGGUGGUGGUAAGGAUCCUUGGAAUAUGGUCAGCACAUUGCUCGACUCGCCUGAUCUGCGAGCUGGUGAUGCCGAGGCGAUGGAGAAAGUGGGUAAAUGGAGAAUAGAAGACGAUGUAUCUUUGUCCGGGAGACACUAGGAGUUAUCGCAUCGCAAUGCUACUGACCCUUGGUCACGGUGCACCCGACUUUGUUGAUCACAUUUCUGGAUGCCUACCUCUAUACUGUUAUUGACGCUUUGAGGGCGAUCCACGAUGACGAAGUGCGAGAAAACGGCGAGGCUCGAGCAUAGAUUAAGAAUAAAGUAUCGACAGCAACACAGCAUCAGACACAG